CCUGUCGUACACCAGGACAGGACACUCGACCGAACCGGGAUGAGGACGAAACCUCUGAAAAAUUAUGACAUGAUGUUCCAAUAUAGGAAACAACUUUAAAAUAACUCGGUGAUUUUUAAAAUGGAAAACUACACGGGAAUGACGUCGGUGCAACCUAUUUCCCGAUCUUUCCGGGACCGUGACGCAUUACCGGAAGUACUGCCGCUAAAAGUGGACGAUAUCUCCAAAAAACUGGAAUAUUUCUGCUAAAACAGCUGGGGUUUCUCUCUGAGUCCUGUGUCCGUGGAUGGAAGUGGAGACAGCGGCUGAGAUGGGUCCUGAGAGAGUCUUGCCAAGCUCGGAGGAUGACCUGGGAGAGGAGCGGCCGUCUGACGGAGCGGCGCCCGGGGCUGGAGGGGAGUGGAGCGGAGAGGACAUGGCGGAGGAUGACGGGGAGGGAGACAUGGAAGAGGAUGAUGGCGUGAAUGACAAUGGAGGGUAUUACUACCAGCCCCUCAACCAAGAGCCAGAUGGCCAGAACGGCAUGCCGGCAGAGCAAGCAGAGGAGACGGGAUCUCAUGCCGAGCAGCUACAGGAGGUUCAGGAGAGGAUUGAGGCAAUGGGUCUCUACCUGCCUCAGGCUCCGCCUCCAGACAGUGAUGAGGAGGAGGACCCAGAUGCGGCAGCCGCCGAGCGGAGCCACGCCUCCAUUCCCAUGGACCCAGAUCAUGUGGAACUGGUGAAGAGGACCAUGGCCAGCGUGGCGCUGCCCUCUUUGGGGAUCCCGCCAUGGGCACAGGAUCUGUCUGAUGACCAGUGGAGAGACAUGGUCCAACACACUCUGGAGAACCGCCAGAGCGCCGCCGGGCUCCGAGUGCUCCGCAAAACAGCCAGGAACUGAACUCUGAUCCAACAUUUCACCCCCACAGCCUGCCUUUAAAAGGAAUACACACUCUUACAGAAAAAUGCUACAACCUCAUAUAUUGUGUGGAAUGACAGACUGUAAAGCUUAUCACAUCCAUUAAAGGAUAAAAUUUUAAUUUAUGAGUGAUUAGAAUCAGCGCUGUCAAUCUAACACUAUGCAUUCAGGUAGGUGUAGCUUAACUCGGUUUGACUAAGAGGUCAAACAACUGAAGUGAUCAAAACAUGAUUGAGAUGGUUUAAUGAAAAUAGUAAUGAACUCUGUUGAGAUGAAAACCCAUCUCAGCUUAAACAACAAAUAAUCCAACACUUGUCAUUAAGAACUGCUCUUCAUGCGCUCUUACUGUUCCACUGUUCAGAUCAUAUCAGACCUGCCAGAUUUUCUCUAGUCAUUUGAGUCCUGAGGUGACCAGUGUUUUCAGGAUUUAAUCUAGAGCCAGAAAAAUCUAACAUGCUUGGCCAUUUGCCAUGUCUACAGUGGCUCUAUAUCAAAUCAACAUUACACCAGCUGAUUUCCCUUGCUUGUCCUGUCCGCUCUGGUUGAAAGUGUGUUAAUGAGUGUAAUCAGCUGUGAGUUGGAAUGGGAAGCUGCAUACAAACAGCUUUUUAUGGUAAUGACUCAGAACCACUCAAUGAUAAUGGUACUGUUCAUUAAACAGCCAGCAUGCUUAACUGUUGCUAUGUAGCGUAAGUACUGUGAUUGAUAGUAAACACAGGUAACAACCCUAUUCUCCAACACAACUGGAAGUUGAUGAGGCAGUGUAUUCCUUUUAAAUGCCACCACCCCAGCCCCAAUCCAAUUUCACCAGGGGUGUCUGUGUGUGAUUUCCAACAGUCACGGUCUAAAGCUCGUCAUCGUCCCAUUCUGAACUGAUGGAUGGACAUGACCUUGGGUUUAAAGAUGGCUUGGUAUACCAUGGCUCUGGUGGUUUAAAUUUCCCCAAACACUGAAUCAUUCCACAGACUGAUGUCUCAGCAGUGAGCCUGGCCUCUCUGCUAAGACUCCUUAAUUCCUUUGACUCUGGACAGGAGUGAGAGUCACUGGGGAAAAGAUGACUAGGAGACCAUCUGAUGUUUAACUCUGCUGUCCAUCUCAUCCCUCUGACUUGUACACAGGAAAAAAACAGUCUGGCUGAGCCUGUGGACAGACAGGAGACCAGGUGUAGACCUCAGGGUUUAACACGAUCUAAUUCACUCAUCCCGUUGCAUCACAAAGCCUUCCAUCCAUUUUGUGUCAUCCUGAUUUUCUCCAAGUUUGAUCGGUCUGUUUGAUUGUGUAUAUAUUUGUGACCAUCAUCAUGACACACACAUCAACUGUAUUUUGGUCUUUUUAUUUUGUUCUGUACAUACAUGAACAUCUGUACAAAAUGUGACUUUCAUAUUAUGUAAUGUCUACCUAAUUAAAGUACAACAUAUGUACAUAAUGAGUGGGAGAGGACCUUUACAUUAGUGGAAGGGCUGGGUGGGACGGGCAUGUGUCUGUGGCCACUGGACAAAAAGGACAUCUGUUGAAAUGCCAUUCAGCUGACUGUGUGUGUAUAUACAUGUUUAAUUAUCCUAAUGUGGAUCAAAUGUUCUCAUUAGGAUAGAAAAACCAGAAACCACCUACCUUGUGUGGACAUUUUAGAGGUCCUCACAAGUAAAAGAGUCUAUUUUAGGGUUAGGACUUGGUUUUAGGGUUAAGGUUAGAAUUAGGGUUAGGCAUGUAGUUUGCAUGGUUAAGGUUAGGGUUAAGGGCUAGGAAAUGAAUGUAGUCAAUGAGGGGUCCUCAUAUGGAUAGUGAAACGUGUGUGUGUGUGUGUGUGUGUGUGUGUGUGUGUGUGUGUGUGUGUGUGUGUGUGUUGCUCUUGGAUACUUUGGAAUGGCAACAGUAAAUUAAGCUUUAGCCACAAGCAGGGGCAGGGUCUGUGAUGAGGUCACUUGAAGAAUGUUCAUAUCUGAUCAGAGAGAGAAACUGGUGAAUAAUGUAAAGCGUGAGUCACUGAGCAGCUCAGACAACAUGAUGUAUUUUUCUUUGAAGGCAAUGACGCUUGUGAAAGACAGAUCAGACUUGAAUGGUUUCUAAUCUAAAGCAACAGGAGCUCUGGAGUCCAUUUUGUCCAGCGGCCUGUCCCCAUUGUUGGAAUACUCAUUGAUUGACAGCAAAGCUUGGAGGGACAUGCCUAUAAGACAGAGCAGAGGACAAUGUGCACCAUGUGGGAGCCAAUAAACCAAUGACAACAAAAAACCCAAGGGGCCAGUGAGGACAUAUCUCUGGGCCAACCUACAUGUAGUAUAUGCUACACAAUGAUUUGCAACAAUAAUCACAGGCAAACAUUCUAUUUUUCUUUGUAAAAUGUGCCCGAAUGAUAAAACAAGUUCUCUCUUCAUUUCUUCAUCCUCUCUUUAGAUUCCUAUAAGGAUUGUUUUGUUUUUUUUGCACAGCCAUGCAUGUCCACCCCACUAACCAAUAUUGCUUAGGUGUUGGAAAAUGAAGGAGACCAGUUCAGUCAAACAGAGACAACAGGAUAUAGAAGUUUAGUUUGUACAACAAAAAGAAGCCAGAUGAAAGAUAACCUGAUGACGUCAACAGGUUGAAGGAGCAGGAAAAAGAAUCAGGAGCUAGUAACCAAACUGAAAACUACCUCUGUAACUCCUGCAUCUAUUAAAAUGUCUCCGGGCUAGAGGAAUACUCUGAAUACAUUUCUAGAGGCUUCUAUGACUGAUAGAGUCCUGGUGUGUUUGAGCAGUCCUACAGCUCUGUUCAACAGAGGCAGUACAGGCUACAGAGAAGAUCCACAACAUUCAGUUUUGAAGUCUUUGAGCACCUCAAGUGGACUAGUGUUAUUUUACAAACAAAAAAUGAUCUUUUCUCUGCUAGA